AACUAGACAUUUAAUAUAAUAUGGCAACUCUGGAAAUCCGUUUCUCCCUGCUCUCCAAGGUUUGUUGUUGUUUAGUGACUUUUCUCAACAAAUUCUAUAAAGUCUGUGUUCUUUGUUGUAUGUUGACACUGAAGUCUCUGUUGAUUAGCUUAGUGAUCAGCUAAUGAUCAAACAAAGAUUACCUUAAAUGCCUGGAACCAGUAAAUCUCCCAGUCUUUCAUGAGGGGCUCCAUGUGCAUGUUGGGGCAUGCCUUUAACAAUCAGCUACGAAGUUAAAAACUCUGCCAUAGCCUUCACUUUUUGCUUGGGCAAAAGCCUUAGGUCAGUCAGAGGUGAAUGCUUAGGACCAUUUUGUGUCUUUCUUGAGGAUACUCACAGCCUUAGACACGCACACAGCACAUGUGCAUGGCCUAGAGCCUCAGGAAUGUGUCAGAGCUUUUCAAAACUCCUAUGGACAGCUAAUUUACCAGCUUUUCCUUUAAGCUUUUUGGCUACUCUGUGAUUUGCCCCAAAUGUUAUCCACUACCUCAGGCAGCCAAGCAGUUGAAACAGUUGUAAUUGUUUUUGCCAAAAUCCCCUUAGAGGAGGACUUUUUGCAUUAGGAGAACUCCAAGUUAGUCAAAUACAGAUAGCUUUGCAAGAGAGGAUUUCCAGGUAACCAGAAGACAGUUCAAAUAAUGACAGUUCUUUGGGAAUGAGGCUUUGAAAGAGCUCUACCUCUAUUUUCCCUUUGGUGGCUGCAUUGCAGGUUGGGUUUUAUUUUCAAGGUUGCCAUGGAGCUGGACAGUGAAUGAUGGAACAAUGCCGCAAGCCUGCUAUUCAUACUGAGAUUCAGUUGUUCUUAAAAAUAAGUGUUUCCUGAGCUGCAGUAAGCUUUUAAUUUCCAGAGUCUGAAAAAGACAGUUUUUCUGUCCGAUUUUUCAUUGCUUUUAUAGAGGAAGGAAUUUUCAGAGGUCUUAUGCCACUAGUUUUGUUGAUAAGUCCCCUGCUGUUUGUGACUUCACCCAGGGUUUAGCCAGAGCAACAAGGAAUAACCCUUCAUAGUUAAAAUGAUUUCCUCAUUUAAUUGAACCAACUUUGCUGAGUGUGAAUACCUUAAGAUAAUAGAAACCCGAUUUAUAACAGACAUCCUAUUCAUAUUGCUGUUUGAAAUCCUUUUGUCUUAGACAUAAAAUCUGAUAAUAUUCUGAAGUCAGUGAACCUACAUCUGACUCCUGUUAAAUGACUACAGCUAUAUAUUAUUCUGUUGUGCUGCUACAACAUAAAGUCUAACCAGUCUUCCAUGAUUGAAGAUAUAUGAGUAUUUUUAGAUAUAUGAGUAUUUUUAAGAUAUUAGCCUCCCCAUAUUACUGUCCUUUUAUUUAAUUGAAGUCCCAGAUUGACUUUUGAUUAAUAGUCAAACCUUAAAAGGUUCUCUGAGAGAACAAAACUUGAAAAGGUGAGACUGAGAGUAAAUGGUGUAGAGUAGUACUUGGACACUCAUAUUUCUACUGGUCCUAAAAUAUAUCUGAACAUGGAAUGGAAUUCAGAACUCCAUGAUAAGGAGUUGGUGUCCAGGGUGUUGAUGUCACACAGCCUCUGGCCUGACAGGCGUAGAAGUUGGAGCUGGACAGUGGCUGUACAUUUUGGUAGCUCUCAUGGAGACCAUGCAUCUAAAAGCAAGCUCUUCAGACUUACAUCUUAAUUACUCCUAACAGGGAUAAUUAGAAUUUUCUUUCUCAAAUUAAAAGUUUGAGAAAUUCCUGAUAAGAUGUACUAUUCCCUGAAGUUUAUAUUAAUUACAAUUUUUUUUUACUGCCGGCCUUCAUCAAGCAUGGACGACUUAGACACUAAUAAAGCUCAGUCUUCUAAAGUCAACACGAUAAUUACGUUCUGCAUUGGUGGCAGUAUCCUGGUGGCCAUUCUUGUGCUGAUGGGUGUUGUCAUCUGUCUUUACUACAAAAUAUCCGACGCAAUGAAACCUUCAAAGGCACCUCUUUGUUUGGCCUUAAAGAGUAAUCCAGCCAUGCUCACUCAGGACAAGGUCGCCGCGGCUGCAGCCCUCACCACUGGGUCCUAUCCCAACGUCCAGUGCUGUGACGAAUGUAGCUUGUAUGCUGACUAUGACCGCCUGCCACCGUGCUUCUGUGACGUAAAUGAGGGACUCUGACUUGGGUGGGCACAAAUAUCUUCAUGCGCAGUAUUUCUUUUUGUAGAAUUAUUAUUCAAGCCAAGUUUUAUAGUGUUUACACGCUCUAUUAUAGAACAUAUUUAUGUACUUCUGAAUAAAUGCAGUACUGAAAAUAA